AUGGAGGCUAUUCAGCAGGAUAUGGAGCCGUUUUGGACAGAAAUGAAUGCUUUGCGUCGAGCCGAAGUGAACCUGCGCAGGCUCGAAGAAGACCAGAAUGAGAAGCGUGCAGAUGGCGAACCGUCAAUGAGAUCAGGCAGUAAUCCAUGGCAAAACCCACAUCUGGAAGGAUUUCGUGCCGAAGCGCUUGAGUAUCUCUGUAAAGAGAAGGAAGGGUACAUGACAACAAACAUUCUGUACCAAUUUUGGAUCCAAGAGGCGUCAAAGAACCGCAAGUUGUGUGAGUCUAAACAGCUUGCCAAACAAGUGGACGAGACAAAGUCGAAAUACGCUGACUUUGAAAAGCAAGAAGCGAAGUUGCGAGAAGAGCUAAAAUACGCCAAGGAACAGCAGAAGGAGCUGCAGUCAAUGCAGAAGAAAGAGCUAAAGAAACAGAAGAACAAUUUGGGCAAAAAGUGCACGAAAAUGAAGAGCUAG